AUGGCCUUUCAAUUCGGUGAUGACACUUUUUAUCUCAUUAUGAAUGAGCCAGUCGAUCUCGAUGAAAAUUUGGAAACGGAUGAGGAAGAAUCGAGUUUCGAUUCGGAUGAAGACGAAGAAGAUGAGGACGAAAUCAUCGAGCGAAUUCUUUUAAGACGAUUUCAGCAAAAUCGUUUCGAAAAUAUCAAUGGUUACGAGAAAAUAUCGGAUUCGUCGACAAUUCCACUGCCUUAUUUGUUGUCGAUUUCCGGACUGAAUUCAUCGAUUGCUCUUGUGGAUUUGAAGGAAUUGAGCGUCCAAAAAUUGGAAGGAAUUGAGCGUAGAUUUGUGGAACUGGUUAAGGGAAUGACGUACAAGAAGCAGCUAGAUAUUGCAAAGAAGUUCAUUUUUGAAAGCAGAAUAACUUCACAAUUAGACGUAGCCAUGGCAAAACUGGAUGAAUAUAAGGAAGCAUUCUGCCGAUCAGAUUUGACAGGGACAGAAGAAUUGAAAGAUUAUAUUACCCUCGUUCGCGACAAGAUUGUUCAAACAGUUUCAAUGACUAAUAUCGAUGGUCAUCGUGAAGUCACUGUCGGAGGCGAAGUCGUCAAAGAAGUUGCAAGUCUUGUUUAUCUCGGCUCACAACUCUCCUUGGACGGAAGCCAAUCUGGAGAGCUACAACGUCGCAUCAGAGCCGGCAUGUUCGCUUUCGACAACUUUAGGUCACUUUUCAUCAACCGAACAGUUCCGAUGACACUCAAACGAAAACUUCCAAAGCUCUGUAGCACCUGCGUUUCUCUAUGCUUCAGAGACGUGGUCUUUGACCAAACGCCAGUUGCAUAG